AUGAGUGAUGAAGUCGCCGCCGCCCCGGUCCGGAAGAAGCUUCCUUUCAAACCAACAGCUUUGCGCAAAGUAGUGCCAGCUCCGAAACCUGCCUCCUCUGCAGAGGACAGCAAGAAAGGCGAAGGCGACGACGAUGAUGAUGGCUUGGAUCUGUUCCGCCAGUCGAGGGAGAUGGAGCGCAUCGUGGCCGCCGAGCGAGAGAGGAGACUGAACAAGCAGAAGCAGAAGCGGGCGGAGGAAGAGCGGCGCUUGUCGGAUAUGGCGGAACAGCAGCUCUUGGAGUCGGACGAGAACCAUGAAGCAGAUGCUGCGGCCAUUCCUGCAAAGAGCUCGAGUGGCCUGGAAGAAGCGCAGGCGACGCCUGUGGACAACUCUUCGACGUUGGAUGGAGAUGGCUUCAGAGAGCUUGUUACUCCCCCUCCGUCGAAGCGCUCGAGACCUGCCUCGGAUCAAGGCUCGAGGUCAUCCAAGCGACGCCGAUCAACCGCAGAGCCCUUGGCAGACGAUCCCUUCCACGACUCUCCAGCGCAGCGGUCCACGCGGUCAAAUUCCAAGCUUUAUACUCCCAGCAAGCGUCCUCAGAAGGCCUCCGUCACGCCGAGUGGCGCACCGCUUAUCGAUCUUGAGUCCGGCUCUGAGUACAAGUCUGAGUCUGAGUCCGACUCCGAUGAUGGCCUCGACAUCGAAGAGAAAAAUGCCAGCGCCGCUGCACCCCCCUCCGCACAACAACGAGAAGGUAGUGUCGAAUUCGUUGGCUCGGGGACUGUCAGCGGAGACUUUCUCAGUCCUACCCCUAGACCUCAAGACCCGGCGGAGGAGGAGGAGGAGGAGGAGGAGGAGGAGGAGGAAGACGACGACGAAUUCGACGAAUAUGUUCGCAAGGCCGAGGCCCAGCGCGCUCGUGAUAAGGACAUGAUGCAGCUGGACUCCGAAAGAGCCGUGCAAAAGGACGCGGCGACCGACAUCAUGGUCCAGUCCAACAUUCCCGGCACCAAGACCGCCUGUAUCAGGUAUCAGUUUAACAGACCCCUGCGCUUGAUACGAGACAGCUGGAUCGCGCUCCAGAAGAGGAAAGGGGUGCAGCUGCCCAUCGCUUCGGACAACGACAUCGUCUUGACCUGGCAGCAGAAGAGGGUGUACACGUACUCCACCCUGCUCUCGCUGGGCAUCCGGCCGCAGGGCGAUGGCAAAAUCAUUGCCGAUGAGUACAGCAAGGGGGGCCUGCUGGACGGGCGCACAAAGGUCGCUCUGGAAGCCUGGACCGAAGAGGGCUUCCGUCAGUGGGAGGCUGAGGAGGAGAUGCGUCUGAGGAGGGAAGCCGGCGAGCUGCCGGAGGAAGAACCGGCACGGGAACCAGAGGAGAAGCGGGCGAAGCUCCGUGUCAAGCUCGUGGCCAGGGACAUGGAGGUGGUCAAGCUGAGCGUGCUGCCCGAGACGACCGUCGAGACGCUCAUUAUUGGAUUCCGAACGCAGAGAAACAUUGCUUCGGACAAGGAUGUCAGCAUCCGAUUUGACGGCGAGAGACUGGAGGAGCACCAGACCAUGGAGGACGCCGGUAUUGACGAAAUGGACACGUUGGAGGUGCAUAUCAAAUAG